AUGGUCCAGCCUAAGAUUCUCGAUACUUUGCCCAAGGAGAUGCUGCUCAUGAUUCAGGAACGCCUGGAACACGAAUCAGAUAUCAUCAAUUUCUCAAACAAAACCAGCAAGAAACUCCGCGACAUUUUAGGGGGUAGACAGGUGUUUGUAGCUACAGCCAAGAUCGGACGCGAGCGAUAUGAGUUCCGCAUGGGCCUGGACGAUUAUGAACAAGAACUCAGCGAGUCCAGCGAUGAACAAAUGCGGAUACGCCAUCGGCGUAUCGCAAUGAUGGAUUCAACCUAUAACAAGUCUCACCACAGGACUAUGUUGUUGGCUUUAAUCAGGAGCUUCGUAGAUGACGAACUAGUCCGCGAAGCUAUUGAUGCAUACAAGACACAUUUUCCAGCAGUGAUUUGGAGCAGCCUUGAGAAGUUGCUUCACGCAGCUAUAGAAGCCGGACGAAUGCCUGUAGUCCAGCGACUCGUACAGCUCCGAGCGGAUAUCAACGAGACGGAUUUUGAUACGUGCCGGGACGCGCUUGACGUGGCCAUGAUUUCCGACCAGGAAGAAAUUGCACUGUACCUUUUGAAGAAACCGGUUUAUAUCGCUCCACGCCAUCUAGAACGCUCUGUGGAGAAAAGGGCCCCGAGGUUGUUGAAAGCUAUGCUUUCCAAAAAGCGUGGCAUGAAGCCUGAUUUACGUUUGCUGGAGAAUUUGAUUGGCUGUGCAUCGGGUGUUUCUUUCCUUGACGGAGAAGUGUCAGACUCUGACGGAGAAUUGGCAAACUACUCUGACGGAGAAUCAAAGUAUGACGAUUCUCCGUCAUAUUAUGGCGAUUCUCCGUCAAAGUUUGACAACAAUAUUGAGGUACUCUCCCUCCUCGUCGAGGCAGGAGCGCGACUGACCAAGGCCGUGGAUAAGCAGCAGGACGUUGUGGAGACCGCUCUUUUCAAUGGCUGUACACGCAAUGCUUUGUUCCUGUUGGAACGGCAGAUAAAACGUGGUGUCACAAGCCCUACCUGCCUCUGGCGGGGGAUAAAGCAGUCCAUGGAAAACGGAAUGCCCAAUUUCUUGCAUUUUGUCAAGACUAUUUACCCUCAACACAGCCAAUUGCUCUUUAACGAGGUGAGUUAUCCAAGAACGCUCGCGGAUGUCCAAUUUGAAUUGUUGGCAUUGUCUGUCCAGGCUACUGAGUUGCCAGACCAUGAACAUUUGACGGACUACUUGCUCGACAAUGGGUGCAUCCUUGAGGAAUACCACUUCUUCUCCGCCAUCGACGCUGGAAAUAUCCACGUAAUCGACGAAGGCAUCCGACCGCGCUUCUCUAUCAAUCAACCAAGAGAGCUGAAGCGCUUUUCUCACCCGCUGCUGUUGACUAGUUAUUUUCAAUUAACGGUUAAGCGUUUGUUCGAGUUGGAGUAUGAUAUUCCUCAAGGUCAAUUCCGCGGAUUGUGUCGUCUAGUAUUCCACGGCGUUGACAUCUCGAGCGCUGCUGAAACAUUCCGAAUCGGCAUUUCAAGGGCUCGCUUGGGAGAGCCUUUUUGGUUCUUCUUGUAUGGAGAGUCGAAUAAGACUCUACUCGACCUCCUGGCAGAGGAACAUGAAUCUGGGGCGCUGCCUAACCGGGCCAUGGUGACUGGUGUAGGGUCUAGUGGGGACGUUUUACUUCAGUUCGUCACCGUCAUUCGGCUAGCUUUGGGGGACUCGAGUGACGUGUUAGACGCUUAG